ACAUUCUAUUAGGUUGUUCCUUAGCCAGCAGUGAGAGAAGCCGGUUGAGCACGUUGUAAGGCCAUCGGAGUCGUCUGAACGCUUCGCAGGGGUCGAGGUGAUAUAGGAACCACUCCGUAACAUCAAAAAUAAAUAUUUAUCAAAAAUAUAUUUACCACCAGAUACAAACACGUUGACCAAAGAAAUGGUGAUGGAGAAGCCAAGUGCCCAGCUUGUCGGGCGAGAGUUUGUUCGACAGUAUUACACUCUUCUGAACCAGGCACCUGAUUAUCUUCACAGGUUUUAUGGUAAGAACUCAUCCUAUGUCCACGGGGGCUUGGACAGCACUGGCAAGCCAGCCGAAGCAGUCUAUGGGCAGACUGAAAUCCACAAAAAGGUGAUGGCGCUGAGCUUUCGGGACUGCCACACCAAGAUCCGCCACGUGGAUGCCCACGCCACGCUGAGCGAGGGCGUGGUUGUGCAGGUGAUGGGGGAGCUGUCCAAUAACAUGCAGCCUAUGAGGAAGUUCAUGCAGACCUUUGUUCUGGCACCUGAGGGCACCGUGGCAAACAAGUUCUACGUGCACAAUGACAUAUUCCGCUAUCAAGAUGAAGUGUUUGGGGACUCGGAUUCUGAACCCCCUGAGGAGUCUGAAGGUGAGGUUGAGGAGCUGGAAGAGAGGGUCAACACACCAGAAGUGGCGCAGGAGGAGUCGGCUGCAUUUUAUGAACAGACGCCAUGCGCCGAGCUGGAGGAACCCCUGGAGGAGCCGGCCCUCAGCCCCGAGCCGGAGCCCACGCAGGAGCCCGAGCCGGAACCCGAGCCAGCCGCGCCCGAGCUGAAACAGGACCCCGAAAUCGAGCCGGAGGUCCCCGCCGAGGAGCCGGCCGAGCAGAAGAGCCCCCCCUCUCCCACACCCGCCGACCCUGCACCUGCCGUGCCUGAGGAGAACAGGCCUUUCUCCUGGGCCUCCGUCACCAGUAAGAAUCUUCCUCCCGGUGGAGUGGUCCCUGCCUCCGGAAUCCCCCCCCACGUCGUGAAAGCUCCAGCCGUGCAGCCCCGGGUGGAAGUGAAGGCCGAAGCUCAGACGGCGGCACAGAGGCCUCAGAGAGACCAGAGGACGCGGGAGCAGAGGCCAGGGCCUCCACCAGCGCACAGAGGACCCAGACCUGGAGUUCGGGAAGGCGAGCAGGGAGACUCCGAGGUGCGCCGCGUCGUCCGGUAUCCCGACAGCCACCAGGUGUUUGUGGGAAACGUGCCCCACGACGUGGACAAGGCCGAGCUCAAGGAGUUCUUUGAACAGUACGGCACAGUACUGGAGCUGCGGAUCAACAGCGGGGGGAAGCUGCCCAACUUCGGCUUUGUGGUAUUCGACGAUUCUGAACCUGUGCAGAAGAUCCUAAACAACAGGCCCAUCAAGUUCCGCGGUGACGUGCGCCUGAACGUUGAGGAGAAGAAGACCCGGUCAGCCCGGGAAGGAGACCGCAGAGACAUCCGCCCGAGGGGCCCCGGGGGACCCCGCGACAGAAUAGGGGGCCCCAGGGGCGCCCCCACCCGCGGAGGCAUGGCCCAGAAGCCCAGCUUUGGUGCCGGACGUGGCACCGGACCCAACGAGGGGCGCUACACGGGUCCGCGCCAGUGAAUCCCCCAUCCCCCACAGCCCCCCCACCCCCCCCCACUGGCCCCCUCACAGACACACACACACACACACACACACACAGCCAACACACACACUAACCACUACUGAUCCCUGUCACCUAGCAAGGUGGCUUACAUCUCCUCUUCUCUCAGCGUUUGUUUUCAGCUUUGGGGUAUCGGAAUGUGAUCCUGGACAUUUAUUUUCCUCAUCUUUCUUAGUUCUGAACUUAUUUGUAACAGACAAAAAAAUGACAGAGCUACACGAAUUGAAGAGAAAAAAAAAAAAAGAAAAAAAAUCCAGAGACUGGCUUCGGCGUUCUCUCCCUGUUUCUUAAAGGAACGUUUUUACUUCUUGGGCAAUCCUGUGUAUUGCUACCACCGUCUUUUCAGAAGUUAAAUACAAACACGGUUUGUUGAAAUUACUGCAAAGUUCAAUCAUGUCUGUGUCUGAAUGGUUGCUGCAUCGAAUCCUUUUACACCCCCCACUCCCCAUUGCUUCCUUUAUAUUUCAUCACGUACGACAUGCAGUAUUUUUAACAACUUUGAGCUAUUGAGAGAACAAAACUUUUAAUACAUACUAUUUUUAAACCACUUCAUUUGUUUUGUAGUCUGGUUUCAACAUGGCGAUCCUCUGGAGAGAGAUGUGUUCUGUUUUGUAAAAGCAAAUUGUUGUGCCUUCUAUUUAUCUCAUUCCAGUCAUGAAAGAUGUAAAAAUAAAGUGUAGAUUUGCUUUAUCGCUAAA